UUUAUAUCAACAACUAGCAUGCUUCUCUUUAUCAUAAUAAAACACAGUUGAAAAUAAAGAGAAUGGCUUCUCUUGCAACCCUUUAUGGCUUCCAUCAUGGUUCUCUUCUAAGAACUCAGUUCCUAGGCCAAGAUCAUAACCUCACACACUACCCUCUAAAGCACCCUUCAUAUCAUCACAACAAACCAAGUUUUGAACCUCAUGCCAAGUUCAACAUAGUUGAGAUCUUGGGAGGGAGAGGGAUAUGCAAUGGAGAAAAAGGUCUUCAACAAGAGCUUGAAAGGCAAGUGGUUGAAAGCCGGCAACAAGCGCAACCGCGGCCGCAACCGGAUAGUGGUGGCGAAGAGGAGGAGGAGGAGGAGGAAGAGAACUUUGAGGUAUCAGAAGAUGCUUUUGAGAAGGAAAUGAUGGGGCUAACUGGUGGGUUUCCUGGUGGUGAGAAAGGGUUGCAGAAGUUCAUUGAAGAAAAUCCACCUUCCAAAUCCAAACAUGGAAAUCUUCUUGCCUUGUCACGUUGAGUAGAAUCCAAAUUCAUCAAUGGAGUCAUAGGUUUUCAGUUCUCUUUCUGUAAAUCCUCUCUUUCUUUUGUUUUUGAGUUAUAUGGUAUUUGUACUAUGAUUUUUGACAAACUUGAAUGUUUGUGUUACUCUUUAAUAAUUCAUUCUUAGAAAAAAAUGCAGAACUUAACAUCAA